CGGCCUGAGGAGCGCUGCUGCCGCCCAGCGGGAACGUCCGAGCGGGCGGGGGGCGCCCGCGGGCCGCUGGCGAUGGCGAACCAGCUGGUGAUUCUCAACGUCUACGACAUGUAUUGGAUGAAUGAAUAUACUUCUUCCCUUGGAAUUGGAGUGUUCCAUUCAGGUAUAGAGGUGUAUGGCCGAGAAUUUGCCUAUGGUGGUCAUCCGUACCCUUUUUCUGGAAUAUUUGAAAUUUCACCAGGAAAUGCUUCUGAGCUAGGAGAGACAUUUAAAUUUAAAGAGGCUGUGGUUCUAGGCAGUACUGAUUUCAUGGAAGAUGACAUAGAAAAAAUAGUAGAAGAGCUUGGAAAAGAAUUCAAGGGAAAUGCUUAUCACCUAAUGCACAAAAACUGCAACCACUUUUCUUCAGCUCUAUCUGAGAUUCUCUGUGGAAAAGAGAUUCCACGAUGGGUGAAUCGCCUUGCCUACUUCAGCUCUUGUAUACCAUUUCUCCAGAGCUGUCUGCCAAAGGAGUGGCUAACUCCUGCAGCCCUCCAGUCCAGCGUUAGCCAGGAGCUACAUGAUGAGCUGGAGGAAGCUGAGGAUGCUGCAGCAUCAGCUUCUUUGGCAAGCUCAGCAUCUGGGCCUAGAACUGGUCGCCACACCAAAUUAUAAGUCCUCCUCCAAAGUAACAAAUGGUUUGAAAUACUUAAUUUUGAUUUCUCCAGCAAUUGACUUCCUGACAGAAUGAGAGCUGACUCCAGAAGAUUGUUUUUAUAUGCAAAAAAAGGCUCUCUUCAACCACUGUUUCACCUCAGGAUUAUGUAGUGAAAAGAAUUGCUGGGAGAAAAGGGAGGGAUUUUGUGUCAAGCCACCCUUUUCAUUUUCACCUGUUUGGUAGAGCUGCGUUAGCUUAACAUCUUGUAUAAAGCAGAACUGAAAUGAUUUGUUUACAGUAUUGUGUACUGCUGUUUACAAGUCCUGUAAGGACUCCUGCCACCAUGAAAGAAGAGAGAAUUUAACUGUUGGCGUAACUCAAAAGCAGUGGUAUGAUACCCUGGAUGAACUCUCCCUUUGGUUUUCAAGAUUUAAGGCAGGUGAAUAUUAAAUUCUGAGAAAAUGCCAGGAACUGCUGGAUACUAUAUAUGUGAACAGGGUACUGUGCACUUAAAGUGGCUGAUGUAAACAGAUAGAUUCCGGGAUGUAGGGAGACUGGUUUUGUCUAAGAUCUGUUACUAGAAUUAUGGCCUCUACAUUAAUGAAACUGUGGAUUUUUGCACAUAUGAAGGGAAUUUCUGUCUCAUUACAAUGCACAUUGAUCCUUCUCUUCCCCUCCCCUUUUUUUUUCACUCGGCCAUGUAGUUUGCAUUUUGUCUUCUAUGUUUAGUCUACUUCAACCAGGGUUUAGACAUGUGACUAUCAUCUGUUAGAAGCAUCAGCAAAUUUUUCAUUGUUUGCUUCACUUGAUUUCAAACUUGAAUAUAAAAGUUAGUACUUGUACUUUUUUUUUUUUUUCCAUAUAGUUUCUGUUUGUUUCAUAUAAUUUUCAAUAGUGUAAUACAAUCCACUUCUGUUUGGGUAAUGGCCUGGCUUUUUGCUCCUGAGUUUGUUUCAUUUGUGUUUAUAAACAUUUGUGUCCUCUUUGGGGGUUUUUUUGAGCUACAAAUUACUGCCCAGUUGUGCAUAUCUGCACGAAUUAAUAGAGAAAUCCCAAUUUAUGUUCCCACAGUCUCUAUCUGUGGCAUUAACUUUCUUGUCAGAUGUAGUGAAGAAAAACCUGAAAACUGCUUAUGCACCUGUGUGUUUACACAGCAGAACCCACUAAUCUGCACACACAGUUAUAUCUGAAGGUAAGAGAUGUUAUUUUCUAAACCACAGAAGUAUGUUUGCUGGUAGAUUAUAAUUAGAGCUAAAUUUUAAUUAGUGAUCAGAAUAUAUAAUGGAAUGCCUUAUUCUUGUUCACUUACCAAGAGAAUUAAUGAUUCUUCCAGUCAUUAGUGUAAAUUAGUGAGGGUUCUCUUGUGCACAGAAGGAUACAGUAGCACAAAAUGAGGGAAGUGAGCUUGUGUAUUUUGAAAGACUUGCUGCCUUAAAUUAACAAAACCCAUACCAUCUGUAAACUGAUCAGCUCACAAAGAGGUGUGCAUUGCUAGAAGUAUAAAUGAGUCUCACAAGCUUUAUUUUUAGUCUGUAGCUGGAUUUAAUUUCUGACUCUACAGUUUCUGCUGUUUAAAAAGUCCUCUUAGGAGGCAAGAAUGCAUCAUAUUUGUGAGUGCUCCUAGCUAUGGAUAGUUGGUGCCAUUGAACCCUAAGGAAGGUGUGAUAGGCUGCAUCUUAGUAAGAAUUCACCUGGUUGCCAACUCACAUGUUGGAAAUGAGACAAAGUUUUUCUGCUAGCACUGGGUUGAAUCCUUUGGCAGACAGUCUUUAAGUUUCCACUCACCUGUGAUGCAGUGUAGGUACAAAGGCAAGAGACUCUCAGUUCUGGGAGAAAAUUCUUUCUGGAAAGAGUGGGAUAAUAGCAGAAGUCUCUGACUGUAGUUUGGUACAUGUUUUAAUACUUUCCUCUGCCCAGUGGGAAACACUCAAGACUGACAAGUCAGCCACUAUGUUCUCUGGUCUCCAGAAACUGGACAUACUGACUCUCCCUGUUGAGUGUUUUUUCACUUGAAUCUCUGAAUUUGAGUUCUCCUUUCUUCUUUUUCCUGUAGUGAAAAUGAAUAUGGUGGUCUCCAGUGAACUCUCAAGCAUUACAGAACUGAAUCUUGUGCUACUUACAGCUAAGACAACAUGCCACAGGUCAUGUUGUCUCUGUGGUGCAGCUGUGGUAGUAAUGUGACUAUGUCUCUUGGCCAAGGCAGGUCCUUUACUUCAGCUCAGGGUUGAGGCCACUGAUCUAGCAAUGUACUGUAGCUUUUCCUAGGUUUUAGGAAAAAUAAAUAGAAUUAAUUUUCAUUGCUACCUAACUUCUAUGUACCAAAAUCAGCUUUUUAGGCUUCUUGAUACAUCCAGUGCUAGGUCACAAAUCUCUACACCUUCAUUAACACACAACCACACGUGCAAUGCAAGACUGUGACAGAACACAGCACAAAUUUUAUUUAGAAGUAAAACUAAGACUAUUUUUUCUAAAGCAGACUGGAAAGUUCAUAACAAAACCGUUCAUUUUAUCGGUAUCUCUCCAGGUGGAAAUGCUGUCUUAACGCUCCGUUUGUUUGUUUCAUCUAUUUGUGAGUCCUGUGACGAAACUGAUACCCGAACCCUGAAAGCUAUUGAGUAUUGUGUCAAAGCAAGCAGUACUGUAACUUCAGUUGCACGCUGUCAACUUGGCCUCCACUGGAUGCCUCUGAGAAGUCACCCUGCCAGUGGUUACUCCGAUUUGUUAGCAAUAGAGCAAGUUACCUUUCACCAGCAUUACUGCCAAGCAGGGAUUACUUUAGUCUACUAAUGACCACACUGUGCUAGGGCUAGAACACUCCAAAAUGCUGUGAGAAAGCUGAACACCUGUGGAGUCUUUUCCAUCAAAACGGGUAGAAAACACCACCACUAUUUCAGGGUUCUGCUCAGUUUACUUUCUUGUUUAUUUUUCUGUCAGACAGUGCUUUAGUAUGUGUUCUUCAACAUCACCUUAUUUAAAUGCUAUUUUCUGUUCAGCAAGCCAAAAAAAAAAAAUCCAAUGUACUGUCAGCGUGCACCAGUAACUUCAGAGUCGCUUGGUAAAAACAUAGUUGAAUUACUUCUAAAAUCUGCAGUGCAAUUCUGCUCACCAUUGAUACAUGAUGAUCAUUUUCACUGUUGGGAGUUGGUUACAAAC